AUGACUUACGUUAACGGAGGUAGCGUUCUCGCCGUUGCUAUUCUUUUUAUUCUUCUCGCUAUCGCAGCGGUGAUAGCUCGCUUCAAUAUCAGAAGACAAAAGUCGGGGUUGGGUAUUGACGACUGGCUAUGUCUACCGGCAUUGGCACUCGUCAUCGCCGAGGGCACUAUCAUGAUCAUAGGGUCCGUGACGCACACCGUGGGCUAUCAUUCACCACCGAAUCUGGGGCCGGAAAUAGCUUUCUACGAUGGAUCUGAUCAGAUCCUGCUGGAGAAGUUGGAGUUUCCUUUCGACUUGAUGCAGAUCCUUGCGCUGGCAACCAUCAAGCUCUCCAUCUUAUUCUUCUAUCGGCGUAUCUUUAGGGGCCGGGCUUUCGAUAUCGCAAGCUGGGUCCUUAUUGGUGUGGUAGGGGCAUGGGCUAUGACGUUCAUCAUUGCAAUACUCGCGGCUUGCGGCACUUCAAUUGCUGCCAACUUCCAGACACUGGGCGCUCUCAAGAGAGAUUGCGUGGACACAUUUGAUAUCCUGAUAGCGCUCGCCGUCUCUGAUGUCGCUGUGGACCUGGCAAUUUUGAUCAUGCCCGUACCAUUGGUACUUGCGCUUCAGAUGCCAAUGCGGCGAAAGGUAGCCGUCCUGGUUAUUUUGCUGGUGGGCACACUGGCUAUUGCUUGUGGUAUUACUCGCAUGGCGCUCUUUGGCGUAAUCCUCGGCCCAGCGUUAUUUUCUCAUGCUGAAGUAGGCGGAGUGCCUUCCGACGACGACAUUGGAAUCGUCAGCAUCCUCAUGUUCUGGGGCAUGCUCGAAGUCGGCAUCGCCAUGAUAGCUGCCUGCCUUCCCGUGCUUCGACCACUGUUCCAAGGCUGGUCACCAGAGAGCAUCAUCAGGAGUUUCCGCUCACAGAUCUCUUUGAGAUCCAGCGGGAGUGGCAACAAGGCGUCCCAUAACGCCAAGGGGAGCGCAAAGAGAACAGAGUCGGAAACGGCCAUCACAGGCGUUCCAUACACGGGAAAAUCGGGCCACAACACUCUGGUCAGCAUUGACGUGGAAGCCUAUGCCAUGGGAAGGGUGAGCGGUGGAGAGAAGUACGAGACAUUAGAGAGAGGCCCUGGACGGAUUUGGAGGGAGACGGAACUCAAGCAGACCUCGGAAAUCAUAUGA